GAAAAAAAUUAAUAAAUAUCUGUGCGAGAAAAUCAGUGUUCACUUGUUAAAAAAAUGACACUGAAGUAUUCUUUUUAUUUGUUGUGUAUUUGUUCUCUUGGCGUUUACGCUAAAGUGGACAUAUCCAUGUUUUCCCAUGAGACACAAGAUAUGGUAAAAACAUUGCAUGAAACUUGUAUCAAAGAAGUUGGAGUUGACGAAGAAAUUGUAAACAAAGUUAUAGAUGGGAAUUUAAGUGAAGAUGACAAAUUAAAGUGCUAUAUGAAGUGUGUUAUGGUAGAAGGUGGAGUGAUGGAUGAAAAAGGAGAAACAAACACUGAAGCAUUUGUAGAAUUAUUACCAGAAUCUUUAAAGGAAGCGCACAGAGAAUCUUUUACCAAGUGUAGUGCUAAAGCCGAUAACGACGAUUUAUGCGAAAAAGCAUUUGAAAUUGUCAAAUGUUCGAAGGAAGAGGAUGAAGACAACUUUUUCUUUUUUUAAUAAAUCCAUACGUAUGGCUUACAUGCCUAAUAUUCAUUAUUUAAAUAGGUAUUAUAUUGAUUAAUGUAAAUAAAAAAUACAAAAUUAUUUUUCU